UGUACAAGGGUCCUUGAAAGCACCACGCGCAUAAGCAGGAAGCAGAAGCAACGGUCGCCCAUCAGCGAAAAACAAGGGGAGAAAAAAGGUCCAAAAGUCACAUUUCAGACGAAGAAUUGAACCAAAAUGAUGUUGAUAAUUUCGCCCUCCGUUAUUUUUGUCCUUCUGGCGGCAGGACCGACGGUCCACAGCGAACGCCACUCCCUGACCUACAUCUACACGGCCUUCUCCAAACCUGUGGACCUCCCGGGUUUCCAUGAGUUCACGGCCAUGGGAAUGCUGGACAACAGGAUGAUUGACUACUAUGACAGCAAAGAGCAAAAGAAAAUUCCCAAACAGACGUGGAUGUCAGAGCAUCUUGGACAAGACUAUUGGGAUAAAGGUACACAGUCCAGGAAGAGCAAGCAGCAGUGGUUCAAGGUCAACAUCGACAUCUUGAUGAAACGGAUGAGACAGAAUGACACGGAUACCCACGUUCUUCAGUGGAUGCACGGCUGUGAGGGUGAGAGUCAGGAGGAUGGUACCAUUAGGUUCAUCCGUGGGAUGGACAUGUACAACUAUGACGGAAAUGACUUCCUGUCCUUCGACGAUCACAACCAAGUUUGGGUAGCUACACUUGAUGCAGCUAAAGAAACCAAGAGGAAGUGGGAUGAUGUUCAAGUCCUGAAGGAAUACACCAAGGGUUACCUGGAGAAGGAGUGUAUGGGCUGGAUGAGCAAGUUCAGGGACUACGGCAAAGAGCAGCUUCGAAAAGCCAGUAAGCCUGAUGUGCACCUGUUCUCACAAAAAAGCAAGAGUGAGAAGAACAUUAUCUUGACGUGCCUGGCCACUGGCUUCUAUCCUAAAGACAUCAUCCUGCAGAUCAAACGAAACGGUCGCAUCCUUACUAAAGACGAUGGACUGGAGACGUCUGGAGUUCGUCCAAAUGAGGACGACACCUUCCAGAGGAAAGACCGUGUUGAGAUUUUGAAGACAGAUUUGUCCACUUACACCUGUGAGGUUCAGCAUCCUGGCUCCCUUCUUCAUGUUCAAAAGGCCUGGGAUCACGCUCUGCCUGUGGAGGACGGCAGCGCACCCAUUAUUGCUGUUGUUGUUGUAGCAAGCUUUGUGGUUAUCGGAGCCAUUGUGGGAUUUGUCCUUUAUAGGAGGAAGAAGUGCAGAGAUCCUUGUAACCCGAGUCCAAAAAGAAAAGGUGUGUUAACCCCAGAUUCCUCUACAGAUAGCUCUUCAAAACCCUCUCCAGCUUCUUCUAAUCUCAGUGUGAAACUUGAUAUGAAUAGGAAUGCUGAAGAGGAGAAUAUGUCCUUGAUGAAUGUUUCAUCUUCAGGUCCCUCCCCAACUACUACUCACUAGGAUGUGCAAAAGGCAGGUGCCUCUAGCGACAGCGACUCUGGUGUCAGCUCCGACAUCUUCCCCGACCAAUGCAACCCUUCUCCAGAUGGUUCCAGUGGAAACAAUUAGCCAGUCUAAGGUCUCUGGAACCAGAUGAACCAGUUGAACAAAGAUUUUUAUGGCCAAAUCUGUGGCACAAAGAGAAGAAAUGCUUAUUUCAGCUGAAUGGUUUUUAAAGCACUUUUUACUUCAUAACAAAUUCUUAACUUCUCUCCCCCUGAGCCUGAGAUCAGUGGACUCAGUGGUCUCCUUUAAAAAGCAGCUGAAGACUCACUUGCUCAAGCUGGCUUUUGUAUGACCUUCUUCACCACUCUCUCUUUAUUCUGCUCUCCCCACCUAUUCCACCUUCCUCAGGAUCCACUGAUUUCCCUCUUUCCUGUUCACACUCUCUCUUAACAUUUUUUCUUUUUAAUCACAAUUGUCUAUUUUUGCUCAUUUUAAAUAACGUGUCAGACUCAAGACCUGCGGGCCAGAUGCUGCCCGUGGAGCAUUUUUAUGUGGCCCGCGAGAUAAAUAUCAAAAAUAUAUUAAAACUGGCCCGCUGGCCGAUUUUACCGCAAAGACUUCAACUCCCAUGAUGCUUUGCGGCGUCAGCACGGAGCCAAUGCGCCCCCUCCUUUGUGUUUUUUCCAGCGCCUGCUGCCGGUGUCUGCAGCUCCGCUGUCCCGGACAAACUACACUCCUCUCACUCAGCGCCGAGUUUACUCAGCUGAUUCUGAAGUUGAAGCCCAGAAACGGAGAUUCUAGCCGCUCAGUAAUGUGUUCACGACUGAAAGAGAAAGUUUUCCAACUAACGUCCAGACAGAGCCGAUAUAACUCCAGCGAGCAGCGACACGCUCAAAUCAGCAUGACUCUGUGGCUGCUGUCGUUGUGUUUCCUCCCCGACACACAACGUGGUCAAGCUGCUCAGACAUGUUCAUCAGCACAAACCUAUGUGAGCACCUGUUGUCAUCUAAUGUUGUCAUUAUUAUGAUGAAGAUGAACAAAACAACAGGAGUCUCCUCCUCAGCUCAGAUCAACCCCAUGAUGCAGGUAUCUGGCUGGAACAGGUGAGCAUCACAGUAAACCAGUGGAGCAAACUGAGCUUUAAAUAUGUUGGUUUUAUGCUCUUUUUCUGCUCCAAAACAUGAAAGUUAACAGGUGAGAUGUUGCAUUUUCAUUUAAGAUAAAAUGAUAUUUUUAUUUUGUUGUUGGCCCGUGAGAAAAGAUUUAACCCACAGUAAACAGGAAGUGGAAAGGCUGCAGAUAGAUGAAUAGAAUAGAAAAUCCCUUUAUUGUUCCUCAGUGGGGAAAGCUAGACGUCACAGCAGCGAUGACACGUAUUACAGGAGAAAAAAAGGAGAAUAAAAAAUAAGAAAAAUGAAUAAACAAGAAAACAUAAAUCCUGAAUAGAUUUUAAAAAUGCUGAUUAUACCACAAGUAAUGAAUACCACUGAUGCCUUUUAUUUAAAACUGACUUGCUCGUGUGUAAUUUGGUUAUUCCACAUUCAGUGUUAAUGCAGAAAUAAGUUUAUUUCCAAAUUCAAAGGUUCAAAAUUGCAUAUAUGUUGAUAAAGAAAAUGUGCAAAUUUGCCGUCACUUUUUCAAAAAAUAUUAAGUUUGGCCCUCGACUCCGUCCCAGAGUUUCAUUUCGGCCCCGUGUGAGUUUGACUUUGACACCCCUGCUUUAAAUAUAUUUUUAACCAUUUUCCAAAUUCUUUUUUAUAUUUUUACAUUUUUUGUUUUUGUGAAGCGCCUCGUGAUCUUUAUCUUGAGAGGCACUAUAGAAAUUAUAUUUUCUUCUUCUUAACAUAAAUUUGUUUUUCUACAGCUUUCUUAGAAUAGAGGCAACCAUUCACAUGUGUAGCUAUUUGAUUUAUAGAGAGGCAUAAAACUCAGUUUGGACUAGGCAGGAUUUUUUUUGUGUGUAUUUGUCUUUCAAGUCAGUAGAUAAAAAUUGGAGAUUGGCGUUACAUUUCUAGGUUAGGGCUGCACAGUGGUGCAGUGGUUAGAGCUGGUGCCUUGCUACAAGAAGGUCCUGGCUUCGCUUCCCAUCCUGGGAUCUUUCUGCAUGGAGUUUGCAUGUUCUCCCUGUGCAUGUGUGGGUUCCCUCCGGGUACUCCGGCUUCCUCCCACGGUCCAAAAACAUGACUGUUAGGUUGAUUGGUCAGUCUAAAUUGUCCUUAGGUGUGUGUGUGUGUGUGUGUGUGUGUGUGUGUGUGUGUGUGUGUGUGUGUGUGUGUGUGUGUGUGUGUGUGUGUGUGUGUGUGUGUGUGUGUGUGUGUGUGUGUGUGUGUAAUUGUUAGUCCUGUGUGUCUGUGUUUCCCUGCGAUGGACAGGCUCUCUGUCUAGGGUGUACCCCUCCUGAUUGCCCAUUGACCCCACCCCCCCGCGCGCGACCCCACUUGGACAAGCAGGUUCAGACAAUGGAUGGAUGGAUGGAUUUCUAGGUUAUAUAUAGAUAUAAAUCAGACAUGAAUUUCCCUCACUUUUGGGCAAAAUUUGCCGUUUUGAAUUCAAAACGGGUCAUUUGCUUGAUUCGUGGAGAUCCGAUGAAAAAAUAUUUGGAGGGGGUGAUGGGUUGAUAGCGCGGGUUUCACAAGUUAACCAGUUUCACUAUUAAACACAGGGGAACAGUGAAAUAAAUACAUUUGUACAAACACACCUCGCCUGGAAGUCUCUCCUGUUUAGACCGCCAGGCGAGGGGCGACCCAAGCCCGAACCGAGUAUGCCCGUCGGGUCGAAUCAGAAUUGGGUCUAUUCAUUAUUUGGGCAGAGUGAGUUGCACUCUGACAGAAUAGAGAGAGAGAGAGAAGUUUAGGAUUCUUAUAUAGUUCUAGUAUUUUCAGCACCAGACAAAACAUUUCAUUUCACAUUAUUUGUUGAUAUUUAUCUGAUUUCGUUGAUAAUUGGUUUCAUUUUUUAAGCUUUACUUGUUUAAGUUGUUAUUUGAAAAACAAUUUAUGGGUCUCACCUUUUCCCACCCUUAGCCCGUUUUCAUGUCUGAUGAAUAUAAAAUACAUGAAAAUUUGGCAUGAAUGAAACCUUCUCAGUAUGUCCUGCUGUGAUAAGGUGCCACAGGUUGAGGCUUGUUACUCGUAAUACAGUAGAAAAACACAAUAUCUUAACACUAAAAUUUAAGGAGAAAAGGCUAAACUUAUUUAUAUCUUUAAACAUCAAUGGCAAGAAACCUUGUAAAAAAACAUUGUUUCUGCAUUUUAUUUCUUUUGGAGCAAUAUGGGUUAGAAUGUAAUCAAAUAGUUAAGUGUUCAGGUUUUAUCUUUAAGUCAAACAGGCUAUUUUUAAUAUAUCUUUGGUAGUUUAUUUAUUUUAUCCCUCAGCUAAGUGCAGGAAUGUUUUGGUAAAGUGCUCUACCAAUCUGCUGACAUAGAAGACUCAUCAGACAUCAUUUUCAUGUGGUCCUAAUUUCUUAUACCUGAGGAAGAAAAUGUUUUCCCUGGAAUUUCGAUAUCUUGAAUCCACUCUUAAUCAGUGGUAACUAUAAAAUAUUGGUCCUAAAUUAACUUUCUGAAAAUUUCAGAGAAAAAUUUAUAGUAAAAUUCAAAUGAGUCAUAAAAUAAUUACAUUUCUCACAUAUUAACUUAAAUCUAGGUGUCUGUAAAAUAAUAAUAAAGAUUGUCUACCCACCUGUGAAAUAUACUGAAAUGUUACAAAAUCAUGUAAAUCCUUCCAUUUAAAAUGAAAUUAUGCCAGAUAGGAUAUUGUGUGUGGGGAGUUGUUUAUUUUAAAGUUACAGUCUUUUCAUUAGACCUUGUUCAUGACAGAUGUGUUGAUGAUUAGGACACACACACAGAUGUAAUAACAAGGGCUGUCUUCUACUUCCGUCUCUGUGCAUGCUGGGUUUUUAUGAACAUGCGCAAAGGCAGAAAUUUAAAGUGGAACGCAGCCCUUAUUAAUGCACCUUUCAACAUUUCUGCUGUGAAAUGGGACUGUUAAGAUGGUUUGGAGAGUUGUUUUAAACAUGCUGUUACAUGGAAAUCUGUUUUUAAUGAGGAUAUUUUAACAAAAUCAGAUUAAAGGGGACAAAGGAUCUAAACCAACAUUUUGUUGUUUGUGAAUAAAGACAGCGUGUGUGGUUAAAAGUAGGAUGCCAGAAAGUCAAAGCCAUGCGUGACCGACUUUCUAUGUAAACUUUUCAUGUACUUUUUAAAAAUUUUAAUCAAAUUAAUUAGAGGCUUUGUAAUUAAUUAAUUAAUCUAAAUUAAUCGCAUUUUAAUCGUUCAGGAAAAUGUGCUCUCAAAGCAAAACUUUUAAUUAAAAUUAUGAGACAGAGAAUCAAACAUUAGACAUGGUUAUUACUGUAAACUAAAGCUUUUAAUAAAAAAUGCAUUUUAAUUAUUCAAAUGUCACUGUGUGAUAUGAAACAAGACCCAAAUGAACUAAAAUUAUAAUUACAAAUAGAAAACACCUGCAAAGUGUUCCUGAGCCUUUAAAUAGUCUCUCUGUCUAGUUGAAUGACUGAAAUAAAUUAGACUUUGCACCAGAUUCUCAUUUUUCCAGUUUCACUUGUUUGUAUAAUUGGGAGUUUUUAUUAGCAUUUCUACUCAUAAUGUAGUAAAAACACAUGAAUAAUAAUCCUUCAAAAUGACAGUAGAACAGGCACAAAUAUGAUCUAGCACUUAAAUAUACUAACUUUUAACACCAGAGCAGGCGUGACAUAUUCUGAGAAUGAUCAGGAACAUUAACUGGUUCCAGUUGGAUGACUGGAGGAUGAUGGGAAGAUAAAAGAUCAUGGCGAGGAAAUAAUGAUCUGACGAACAGGUGAGCGGACCUUCCUUACAUGGAAAGUCCUGAUGUCACGUUAAGUAGGGAUGCUGCAGACCCGCAGAUUCACGCCUGCUGCAGCGAAUCUGGUGUGAUCUCUAGCCUGAUCGCAACUUCCUCGUUCCUCGCUGCCCCGAUGCACUUAAGCAUCCGCCCCUUAGCUGAUGACAGCUUCAACACACCUCGCUGCUUAAUGAUAGUAAUGCAUGUGAUGUUUAGACAGAGACUCGUCUCAGAAACAUAUAACUCCCCGACAGAAUUAAGAAAAUCAUCAGAAAAGUUUCAGAGUGUUUCGGUUUUAACUUAAACUUCUGUUUUCAACUUUAAGACACGUUGUUUGUGAUUGUCUACAGAGUAGUGAGAACACGGAGUGUUCUUCCAGCGGCAGCCAGGUGCCUCUCGUUUGUCUGACUACUUUCAUCAACUACUGAUUUAUUCUGUCUGGUGCUUUCAGCGCUGCACAGUUGUUACGUAAAUGUUAAAAAUAUAGCUUACCGCAACUUUUGUAAAGUUUCCGGUGCCACCGGGCAGCCGCAGCAGAGACGAUCUCUGAAAAAUGUCCAUGACACGGACUCCGUUGUUGUCUGGAAGUUUUUUUUUUCCAAGUUAAGAAAAGAGGCGGACGUGUUUCAUAAAUCCUGCAUCAGUCCAAGCAAGGCAACUUCUUUCUGUUUUUAUUCCGUUUUAGUAGCCAUUAGCACUGUGCAUUGUUGUGUGCAUCAGUGAUAUUCAGUCUAUGAGGAAAUUGUGCAAUGACAAAGGUUCCGCCGUGCUCGAAAUGAAAGCUGCGAUUAAAUGCGUUAAUUUUUUUAACACGUUAUUUUUUUCUCAUUAAUUCAUCAUAAUUAACGUGUUAAAGUCCCAGCCCUAGUUAUUAAUUUAAAGGAUUCGAUAUGGAAUUAAUCUCGUUGAGAUUCUCCCGAAUAUCUGAGACAUUUUUUGGAUGAACUGAGUCUGCUGCCAAGGUUGAGCGCUGAUAAGGAAGUAGAUAACAGAAAAUAAAGUUCACUGUAGUCAGAAUCAGGAAGAUGUGGCGUGUCCUUGUAUGUUACUGCUCAUGUUGAUCACUAUCUACCCGCUAAUAUAAUGCAGUUUUAAAUGUAAAAAAAAAAUUGAUAUUUCAAUAAAUUUUAUUUUUUUCUGUAAUGAAGUUGCGAUUGAUUUAAUGUGAUGAGUUAAGUCAGAUUUUUUAUCUAAGCAGAUAUGUAUGUGGAAAUCACACAAUUUGCUGUAAAAUGAAUAAAACUUGCACUGGUUUUGGAUGUUGUGUAAGAACCCUGCUGCAGUGUGCCUGGUUUGUUUUCCAAAAUCAAAUAAACUCAUUUAAAUUCUCAAA